AUGCUGCAGGACCUCGGCGUGGAGGGCACCGCCGCCGCGGCCGGGCCCCUCGCCCACCGGCCCUCGUGGAACCGGAAGCUCUCCGAGACGACGGACGUCGUCGCGUGCCCCGAGCAGCUGCCGGCGGGGCUCGAGGACUGCCUGCACAACUGGGCCCACAGUGCCGAGGAGGUCAUGGCGGAUGCCUGCGAGACCAACGUGACGAUCGAGGACACCAUGCGCUUCCUCGAGGCCUCGAUGAGCUGCACCAGGAACCGGCUCCUCAUGUUCGAGGUCUGGACCAUGAUCGCGACGGUGGCGAUGGGAUUGGGCGCAAUGAUCUCCGGCAUCUUCGGGAUGAACCUGAAGAGCGGCCUCGAGGACGCUCCAGAGAUGUUUGACCGGGUGGUGCUGCUCAUCAUGCUGUUAGCGUUCCUUAUCGUCACUGUGUCCGUGGGGUUCAUAUCGGGCCAGAGGAAGUAUCAGAACCACGCGGCGCGCUUCGGCAACAACCGGUUCUUCAAGUCCAUCGCCGACGACGAGUACGUCCUGUCGCUGUGCUCCCGGCCCGGCGGCUCGGCCCUGCCGGAGGUGCAGCUCGACGACGUGCUGCGCGAGCUGCGCUGCCCCGCGCUGCCGGCGUCGGAGCCCCUCGCGGCGCAGCGCCAGGUCACGCCCGGCUCCCGGCACUCGCUGUCCUUCCGCGGCGCGCCGCCGCCCCAGCCGCAGCAGCUGGACUGA